AUGUCAACUACCACUUCAGUUCUUCCGGGUUUUGGAGAACCCCCGCAAGCUGAUGUAAUUCAGAGAAGAGUAUUAGGCAGUCGCGUUUUCAUAUUGAAUAGACCAGAAGUUUAUAAUGCUUUGAAUCUUAGUAUGAUUCGAAACAUGACACCACAAUUACAGGUUUGGAACGAAUCAGAUCUUUGUAAAGUUAUUAUUCUAAAAUCUACCGGAAAUACAUUUUUUUGUUCUGGAGGUGAUGUUAAACACGUGAUCAAUCAAGAACCUAGUGAAGCAGCUAAAUUUUUUGAGGAAGAAUAUCAACUUAAUCACCUAAUCGCCACACUCCAUAAACCUUUUGUUUCAUUUUUAAAUGGCAUUACUAUGGGUGGCGGAGUUGGCCUUUCUGUUCACGCACCAUUCCGUGUUGCCACCGAAGAAACCAUCUUUGCCAUGCCAGAAGCAAAAAUUGGUUUUUUCCCUGAUGUUGGGGGAUCAUUUUUUUUACCGAGAAUGGAUGGCGAAGUUGGAACUUAUUUGGCGCUAACUGGGGCAAGAUUAUCGGGAUUAGAUGUUUUCUUUUCCGGGAUUGCUACACACUAUGUUCCAUCUUAUCGAUUGCCCCUUUUGGAAGUUCGAUUGAGUGAACUCGAGAGUGAUGAUCAUGAAAUAAUUAACGCGGCAAUUGAAGAAUUUGUGGCUGAAUGUGAUGAGAAACAUAUAUAUUCACUUGGCGGCGAAAUCAGAAAGUCCAUUGAUCGUUGCUUCAAUAAAGAUACAGUUGAGGAGAUCAUUGAUGCUUUGGAAAAAGAAAAUACGGAUUGGUCAAAAAAAACGAUAGAAACUAUUUCCUUGAUGUCACCUACAAGUCUUAAAGUUACGCUAAUGGAAUUACGAAGGGGAAAGAAAAUGGUUAUAACGGAUUGCUUUAAAAUGGAAUAUGGACUCGCUCAAAAAUUCUUGGAAAAAUCAGAUUUCAAAACGGGCGUUAAAGCUGUUUUGAUUGAUAAGAUAAAAGAAAAGCCUAAAUGGGAUCCUUCAACUUUGAAAGAUAUUACCCUUCAAGAUAUAGAAAAUUAUUAUUUUUCCGAUUCAAAUUCUAAACUUGAGCUACUGAAAAACAUUUCAUAUGAGAACUAUCCUUUUUCGAGAUUCAAUUUACCAUCAGAAGAAGAGAUUCGUAAAGUAGUCACUGGUGAAACACCCGACGCAGGAUCUAUGAGUAUGACCCAACAAGAAGUUGUGGACUUUUUCAUGAAAGAUCGUAAGGGUAAGAUUGGGGUUCGAGAGAAAGUACUAGAAGUUUUGAAUAGAAAAACAAUAGUAAAGAAGGGUCAAGAAGAUUUAACAUGGAUAGAAGAUACUGAUUAA